CCCAGUCGUGAAGCACGCCGUUCACGCCGUCCCCGUCGUCCCCGUCGUGAAGCACGCCGUUCACGCCGUCCCCGUCGUGAAGCACGCCGUCCACGCCGUCCCCGUCGUGAAGUCCGUCCACGCCGUCUACGCUCCCCGGCACCAACACCACUCCCAGGACCCAUGGGGCAACUACAACUACGGCUACGCAGACAUCAACUCGGCCAAGGAGGAGACCAAGGUCGGCGGCACCGUCGUCGGCUCUUACAGGUCAGUGUCCACUCGGCCCGG